GACGACAUUCGGCUCAACUACCUGACGAAGCUGCCCAGGUCGAGAAUGAGCUUGGACCGCUCUGUACUUGGGCUGAGUUGCCACAAUGGAUGCAAGACAACCCAGCUAUCUUGACAGGAUAUCGAAGGGCGACCUAUAGUUACCACAAGUGUCUGCGAUCGCUUGGUUAUCUGCACAACGAAAGCGUCAACAUUUGGUCGCAUCUGCUCGGCGCCGUGGCCUUCCUGAUAGUCGCGCCCAUCUCGUACUUCAAGGUGCUGGGAGUCCAAGACACGAUUCGAUGGACUGACAUUGCGGUCCUGUACGCGUUCCUGGCUGGAGCUAUUAUCUGUCUGUCCAUGUCAGCCAGCUUCCAUACCUUCAGCUGCCACUCUGAAAAGGUUUGCUCACAAUGGAUUCGAUGCGACUACCUGGGCAUUGUCUUUCUAAUUGUUGGCUCGUAUUACCCUGCGAUCUUCUACGGAUUCUACUGUCAUCAGACAUGGCAGAUCUUGUACAUCUCUGUGAUCUCGACCUUGGGCGCUUUGACGAUCGUGGCAGUGAUGAGGCCUAAAUUCCGCUCGCCUCAAUUCCGCUGGGUGCGCUCGGCUCUGUUCCUGGCAGUGGGCCUUUCGGGUUUAUGUCCCAUCAUCCAUGGCAUCAUUCUCUAUGGGUUCGCUAUGGCGCAACACGCGAUUGCAUUGAACUACAUGUUCUGCAUGGGCGCUGCGUACGUAUUCGGAGCAUUGAUCUAUGGCAGUCGUACACCAGAGUGCUUCUUCCCCGGGAAAUUUGACAACUUUAUGGCGUCACACCAAAUUUUCCACGUUUGCGUCCUGAUCGGCUGCGUUGUCCACUUCCUGGGUGUUAUUAAGGCCAUGACCUUUUGGCAUACGACAGACCACAGCUGCGCCAUUCCUCUGGACCAAAUGAAAGCUAUGUUUGUGAACUAGGCUGCUUUUUUCCUUGUUACUAGAGGAUCCAGAAAGAGCAGAUGGAGUCUAGAGAUGAGGAGUGGAGCAGAUGGCCGUUCUUGUUUUUAUAUUUGUACCCCACAUAGCUUUUAUUCCGCGUUCUUACGCUUUAGUUAUUGUGCUCCGUCAUUCUGUUUCCGGUUCCCUGCAUGGUCUCCCUUGUAUUCAUUUGUUUACCCCUCUUGUACUAUUAUCAUCCUGUCACUAAUAAAGUGGAUCCAUUUGUCAUGUAGUUAUGG